AUGAACCUCACAUCACGGUCUUUCAUGGAGAAUGAAGCACUUUGUGGGAAUCCUAUUUUGAAAGUGCCACCUUGUGCAACCAAUAGUUCCAAGAAGUCGAUGAUUAAAAUUAAUCUUCGAUACAUUCUUCCUGUCAUUGCAUUGAUGCUAAUCUUUUCUAUUGGUGUGUAUAUUGUGAAAAAAAAUCAUGGGAACAAUGUCUACAGUCAAAAUCUGAUAGAUUUAUAUGCAACAAUGGAGCACAGAAUGAUUUCAUAUCUAGAGCUUCGACGAGCCACAGAUAACUUCUGCGAAGCCAACUUGCUUGGAGUAGGAAGCUAUGACUCGGUAUACAAAUGUGUACUUUCAGAUGGGACAAUUGUUGCCAUGAAGGUUUUAAAUUUGCAACUUGAAGGAGCUUUUAGAAGUUUUGAUGUAGAAUGUAAAGUGUUGCGAACAACUCGGCAUAGAAAUCUCGUUGGAGCUAUAACGGCAUGCUCUUAUCCUGAGUUAAGAGCAUUGGUUUUGCAAUAUAUGUCUAAUGGAAGCCUUGAAAUGUGGUUAUAUUCUCAUAACUCCUGCCUUAAUCUCCUUCAAAGGAUUGGCAUCAUGAUUGAUGUAGCAUUAGCUCUAGAAUAUCUCCAUUAUGGUCAAUUAGAGCCUGUGGUUUAUUGUGAUUUGAAGCCAAGCAAUGUCCUUCUAGAUGAAGACAUGGUUGCACAUGUUGCUGACUUCGGCAUUGCAAAAAUUUUAGCUGAAAACACGACUGCAAUACAAACCAAGACUUUAGGUACCAUUGGCUAUAUUGCUCCAGGUAAAUGUUUUAAUUACCUUUAUUUACUUUAUAUUUCUCAUUUGACAGACUUGUUACAAAUCAAUUUUCUAUGUAUUUAUUAUUAAUUUGUUUGGCAUCCAUGUCUUGAAUGUAAAUUUUAUGUUUUAAGUUCGCCGAAGAAAUACUGUAGAUGGCUUUUGUUAAGUGUCAAUAUAUUGCUUUCAUCAAGAACAUAAUGUCAAGUUGAGAUAGGUUCAAGCUUUUCAAUGCAACUUUAAUGUUGAACCACAUGCCUAAUAUUGACACUAAUUACUAGAUUAAUUAGAUUACUACGUUAAAGGAUUAUCAAGCCAAAAAGAAAAAAAAAA